ACUCUCUUAUUGUUUUAUUUACGUGUGACACGUGCCCAGGGACCAAUGAGGUCAGUAGGACCUGUGCAAGGGCUGCGUUGGAUUAGCAGUUUCAAGCUUCACAUCUACGUGCUCCUGUUAUGUGCAUCAAUAGUCGCAUGUGACGAUCGUGUACGAUUGGAAGAUGUUACCACUCUAACGUUGGUGAAGGGGCAGAUGACCGCUGGACGACGUUCAGCGCCUGUCCCGCAAUUGCAAUGUAUUGGUGGUAGCGCAAAAGGCCGUUAUGAACCACGAGUAAGCAGUUCUUUCAGCUAA